AUGUGUUUGAACGACAGCUUGAACAACACAGUUAUCGAUGGGGGUAUUAUCUUACCUUUACGGAACACAAUUUACAGCAUGGUGAUGUCCGAUUCAGAGCAUCACCAAUUCACCGACCAGAUAUCAAUGAACCUGACCGCUGUUGAUUCAUCCGUUCGGCCUUCGGCUUUUCCAGAAUUACAGCCGGAGGUAAAUUCCCUGAAAGCAACAAUGUAUCAGCUAACACACUUGUUGCAGUCCCCUGAUGUGGGUACAAAUAAUUCGACCAUACAGAUGGAGGUUGAAUGCGAUCCACUUAAUCGACUCUCAUCUCCAACGAGUAGUUCAACGAAAACCCAGGCUUCCGAUGGUUCAGGAGAUAUGACCACUGUGGGUGAUAAUGUGCGCCGCACGUUAGCCAACUUGGCAGAUGGGAUUCGAGACAUAUCAACCUUACAUUCGGACGUCAGAGAACUUUUUGAUGCCACACUUCGAGAUGUUUUGGCGGCAGUUACUCAAACCGAACUUACCAGCCGCGCAAAUCUGGAAAUGGAACGCGAGCUUGCUCUACAGUCAUUGCAAAGCAUUACAGGCUCAACUGAUUCAUCCAAUGCACUUCCAUCAGCACUGGAUCAAACUGUGGUGUUUGAACUACUGGAAAGAAUGGAGGCCGAAUCAAGGACCGAAUUGACACGCGUGAAAGCAAAUUAUGAAGAUCAACUGGAACAGCGAACAUGUGAUGUCAAUCGCCUAAAGGAUGAAUUGGAAAGGGUACGCAAGGAGCACACCAAAGAGAUCGAGGAAUUGAUCGUUGAAUGCCACCAAGCCAAAAAUUUAUCUGUUCGUUUAAAAGCCGAACUAGAACAGGCUCGGACUGAACGUUGCGAUGAAUAUGAUCAGCUUCGAGAGGCCUACCGUCAGGCCAAAGACGAAUCAGAUCGCCUCAGGAAUAACUUGGAGACAUUGAACGCCGAGCGCAACAAAGAAUGUGCACAUCUACGUCUUGGUUACGAUCAGGUGAAAUCCGACUAUGCUCUCCUGAAAGACACUUACGAAAGUUUGAAAGCUGAACACACUCAAAAGUGCGAAGAGUUAAGAACAGAAUACUCCCAGGUGAAAGAUACCCUUAAAGCAGUUGUGGACCGUUACGUUCCACAUUCUCUCUUCCCAUUCGUUCGUGAGUCUCUUCCAAGACUGUCGCAUGCGUUGGAUACGAUCUUGAAGCGUUGUCCGUGGUUAUUUUCUGCCAUCACAGACGAAAACCAUGACCCCACCGAACCUCUGCCCAGCCCGAUAACACUACUUACAAAACAGCAACAUAUGUGCGAGAAACUCGUGCUGGAGCGGAACGAUGCCCAGGAUAAAUUGCAAAGGCUUGCCAAUGAACUUGCCAAUAGUGAAAAGAUGUGCUCUUCUCUGAGAACUGAGUUGGAUUCUGCCGUAAAACAACAAGAGGCGGAUAAGGAGGAAAUAGCCAAACUGAACAAGAAAGUCGUGAGGUAUCGAAACUACAUGCUACAGGUUUGUGAUCCAAAAAUAGCAUCGCGGCUGGCUGCGAUGUGCGCUACUGUUCCUCCUCGUGACGAUGAUGGUCGGAGUUCAAAUGGCAGCCUAACUGACACACCGCAACCCAUAAAGGAUUAUUCAUCGUCCGUCGGUUGUUCGCACGAAGGAUCCACCAUUUUAUCGAAACGUUCACCACAACGGCAAGAGGAACACCGGGAUAAUUCCUCCUCGUCCGUCCUCUCCAAAGUGGGAGCCGCCGUUACCGCUUUGGCCACCGCCAUCGUUUCUCCGCGAAGAGCACUCGGAAAAAUUCACAGCCCAGAGGCCCGCGUCGCCAGUCCAGCAGAGAAGUCAGGGAACGCAGUUUCUCAACAAACCUCAAAUCACUCUGCAGUCAGAUUAGCUGUUUCUCAGCAACUACAAGAUGAUAGACUUCACGGAACCGGCCCUCUGCCUGAAUACAGCGUUGGUCCUUUUCGAGCUGCUUCAAUCCCCACAAGUGAACCGCCCGUUAAUUCGAAAGCAUUGGCCGCAUCAGAACCUCCUGCCGAUCCUUCCCCCUUCGUUGUGCCUAUGGCGCCUCGAGCACCACAACCUACACUUGGGAAGCGUAAAGUUUUGGGAGAAAUACCUAUUUCUGUUACUACAGGCACGGUCACCCAACCUGAUCCUGUCCCCUCGAAGCAUGCCUUUUUCGAUCCUAACGCAUCUUUCUUCAACUUGAAUCCUCUCGCGGAAUCAACUUCUGGUCCUUUCCCCAAACCGCCUCAACCCUUCACAGAUGCUAGCAAACGUACGCGAUAUGAUCAGUCUUCCCGCUGUCCACCAGGAUUGUUCAUUGUCAUCACCGAUAGAAUGACAUCGACGUUCAACACUGAUGCUUCGCUGUCGUACAAUCAUGAUUUAUUUGAAAGCCUUUUUGUGAGGAGUAGGAUUAAAGUGGAUAUUGAAGGGACUUAG